CGCGUGAAGUAGAGCUUGCGAGUUUACAAAAUAACGUAUAAACAUAGUAGUGCGCUGGUACAUUUUAAUGCUUUGAUUAUCUGUGUAUUUUUUAAAUGUCAGCAAAGCCUCUUUAAUAUGAAAAGGGAGUUAAAAGAUAGGAACCCAGUGGGCGCUGAUCUGGGAUCAGGGGGAAUGUUAAGGGUUGGGUUGGGCUGGACGGAUUCAGCUGGUAAAAGUUUUUCGUGCGCUUUUCUCUACACGUUAUUCAGACAACGCACGCAGCGGACGUAAAGUCAUCUUUUAAAAGUUAGCAAUGUUUUGAAACCUCCGAAAGCGGCGAAACUCGAACUAAACGCCACUCUGCGUUUUUGUUUUUAGACUGUAGCCGUGAUGACACCAAACUAGCUAUCGGGCUAAACGCACCGAAAUGGACUCUGUUGUGCGUGUCAUUGCGAAUCUUGGUUCGGAUUUCAGGAUGAAACCGAAGUCGAAUCGAUCCAGAAUCGAUUAACGAUGCUCUCCAGAAAGAAGAGUAAAAACGAAGCGUCCAAACCAGCCGAAGUUCAGGGAAAAUAUGUGAAGAAAGAAACGUCCCCGCUGCUGAGAAAUUUAAUGCCCUCAUUUAUCCGGCAUCCCACAUUUCUUCGGCGUGAAGCACCAUUGGUGGAACCGGCUCCUUCUGGGGUACCGUCUGGUGCCGGUCCGUAUCCCACUGGAUCCGUUGGGGAUGUCAGCGGCCCCAAAAGUUUCCUACGCAACGCACCCCAACGAACGGCCCUCGAGGUCGCACGUAGAGAGAGUAAUCGUCUGUCCGCCCCUCCACAUCUUCAUCACGAUUACUCGCCUUCAUCCCCAUCGUACAUCAGCGAUACUGCUUCAGUAACCGAGAACGGAGACGGAGGUCCGUAUUACUACCCACCUGAGCCCUACUACAACAACCAGCCCAGACGAACACACAGACAAGACCAUUUUAAUGAGAACUAUGGGUACUAUGAGCAUAAUGAACUCAAUUACCCACGGAGUCCUGCACAGCCCCAGACACCCCAGCCACACAGCCGGCCACCCCCAGCAAUUGGGCGCGUGCCAGCGAAGUCUCUUGGAAAUCUGACGACUAUGAGUGGGGAAGACACUAUCCUACCUCCUGGCUGGACUGUUGAUUGGACAAUUCGAGGCAGGAAGUAUUUCAUCGAUCACAACACAAACACUACUCACUGGAGCCACCCACUGGAGAGGGAGGGGCUUCCACCAGGCUGGGAGAGGGUGGAGUCAGCCGAGUUUCGAGUGUACUAUGUUGACCACAUCAACAAACGGGCCCAGUACAGACAUCCUUGCGCACCCAGUGUUCCACGUUAUGACCAGCCUCCUCCGCCGCCAGUCACCUAUCAGCCCCGCCCACCAGAACGGAACCAAGCAGUUCUGGUACCCGCAAACCCGUAUCACACAGCGGAGAUCCCGGACUGGCUGCAGGUGUAUGCCAGAGCCCCGUUGAAGUAUGACCACAUCCUGAAGUGGGAGCUGUUCCAGCUGAUGGAUCUGGACACUUAUCAGGGGAUGCUGAAGCUGCUCUUCAUGAAGGAGCUUGAAUGUAUCGUCAAAUCCUACGAAGCAUAUCGACAAGCGCUUCUCUCUGAACUAGACACACGCAAACAACGGCAGCAGUGGUAUGCCGAACAGCCAACCAAAAACUUCCCUUAGAACAUGUGACUCGCCCAAACUCCAGCAUCACCUGUGCCUUAGCUGCUGAUGCAGAUUUGUUCUCAACUUAAAACAUGAGCCCAAAGAUAGACGUUACGCAAGGCCUGAUGGGAACUGAACACUAUUACGCAUAUUUAGAUUUCAGCCAUUGUACAGCUGUGUGUGUUAUGAUUCUGUGCUUGGUUUCGGCUGUGUGUUGUGAAUGUGUUUGCAUGUUAGUGGCCUGCAGGCAGCUGUGGUUAAUUUCCGGACAUACUCCAGCGUUGUCUUUUUGGACAAUUACGACUGUUAUGUACCAAUGUUUUAAUUUUAUUUUCUCCUGUUUGCCUUGUUGGUUUUGUUUUUAAGGUGUUAAUCUCACAAAACAGUAAAAGAUUAAAAAAAAUAGCACUACUAGGAUUUUUUUGAUACCCUGUUACUCAUAAAAUAACUAUAAUACCACAUACUUUGCAUAUUUUCAUGCAAAACAUGCUGACAAUAAAUUUGUCUAAAGUAUGGUUCUCUAAGGAAAAUAUAAUUAUUUCUAUGGUAAAAUAUAACCCAGAUGUUUGAAGGCAAGUUUUGUGAGAUUGACCGUUAAAGGUUUGGUUGGAUUCAUUUAAGGAAUUUGCUUCUUUAUUUAAAGUUUCAAGCUGAUUUAUCACUUUAAAGAUAAAGUGAUCAAGUCUGUGGCUUUCGGUUCAGUUUAAAGUGUAUUUUUCAGUUUAUCAAAGUUAGUAAAACCUAUUAAGAACAUCAACGCUAAAUAAACCAGGACAUUGUAUUGUACAUGUAAUAGUAUGCCCAAGUUUUUCUUUCCUUCAACAGCUAAAAGGUAUUUUAACCAACAUUUAUUUUUUGCUAAAAAGAAACAAUUUUCCCACCUCUUUUUAAAGACAGCAAUAAAACAAUUUUGAGGCAAAAUGGUAUAAUA